AUGGUGAGAAUCGCUGAGUAUUCGCGUACCGCCACUUUUGCAUGGUCCAAUGACAGGAUCCCUUACUUGGUCUCUGGUACCGCGUCAGGUACCAUUGACGCUGAUUUCUCUAAUGAGUCCAAGCUUGAGUUGUGGUCCCUGCUAGGCACUGAUGCUGAUAAGCCCAGCCACUCUGUUUCCACAGAUGCCAAGUUCAAAGAUCUCGACUGGUCCGCUGAUAACAAGUAUAUCGCCGGUGCUAUGGACAAUGGUGCCGUCGAGAUCUACGAGUUCAACAGUAGCAAACAGGAGUUGAAGAAACAGGGCUCUUUCAAGAACCAUUCUACCGUGGUCAGAACCGUGAAGUUCAACAGCAAGCAAAACAACGUGCUCCUGUCCGGUGGUAACUCCCAGGAGAUCUUCAUAUGGGAUCUGAACAAGCUGCUGGACUCUAAGGCCAACUACCAGCCAUUGACGCCCGGCGUGUCCAUGUCCCCUAUCGACGAGAUCCAUUCUUUGUCAUGGAACAAGUCCCUAGCCCACGUAUUCGCAUCCGCUAGCAACUCUUCCUUCGCCUCCAUCUGGGAUCUAAAGGCUAAGAAGGAGGUUAUCCACUUGAGUUACACUUCCCAAAACACAGGACUGAAGUCUGACUUCUCCGCAGUCGAAUGGCACCCACUGAACUCUACCAGAGUCGCCACAGCUACUUCCAACGAUAACGAACCAUUGAUCUUGGUAUGGGAUCUAAGGAACUCAAACACCCCAUUGCAGACAUUGUCAGCCGCAAACAACCAAGGACACGGCCACUCCAAGGGUAUCCUUUCCCUAGACUGGUGCCAACAGGACGAAAACUUGCUGCUGUCCAGUGCCCGUGACAGCUCCGUAAUGCUAUGGAACCCUCAAUCCGGUGAAGCCCUAACAGAAUACAACACUACCGGCAACUGGUGCUUCAAGUCCAAGUUCGCCCCACAAGCCCCAGACCUGUUUGCCUUUGCCACAUUGGACGGCAAGAAGAUCGAGGUUCAAACUCUACAAAACUAUGAAACUACUCUGGACGAGGAAGUCUCCAAGACAAAACAGCAAGAGUCCGAAACUGACUUCUGGAACCACGUAUCCGAAGAAAAGGCCGAAAUCAAAUCCACUGUGGUCCACUUACAAGCGCCAUCCUGGUACGGUAACAAAUCCGCCUCUGCCCAAUGGGCCUUCGGUGGUAAAUUGGUCCAAGUCACCAAGGAUGGUAAAGGUGUCGAAGUCAACAAACCUGAAAUCACCGACCUAAAAUCUGACGACACAUUAAAGAAUGCACUAGCUUCAAAGGAUUUCCAACCUCUGAUCAACCAAAGACUCGUCAAGGUCGUUAAUGAAACUAAUGAAGAAGACUGGAACUUACUUGAAAAACUGUCCAUGGAUGGUAAAGAAGAAUUCUUGAAGGAAGCAUUAGAAUUAGACGAAGAGGAGGAUGAAGAAAAGGACCAAGAAGGAAAGGACGGCGACGAAUUUUUCCAAAAGAUAGAAAGCAACUUCCAACCUUCUGGCUCUUUUAAGAUUGACAGCAACGAAGAAUCUGUUAUCAACAAUAUCCUGUCUGGAAACAACAGCAAAGCUGUAUCUGAAUUGUUAAAAUCCGGCUCUAUUCUUGAAGCAUUCGUUGUUGCAGUCACCUGUAAUGACGAGAAAUUGAAAGAAGACGUCAAGGAUGCUUAUUUCGCCGCUCACGGAAAGGAAUCAAGCUUAUCUAGAGUCUUAUUUUCUUCUUCGAAGAAGAAUUCGGAUGAUAUUGUCGAAAACUUAGACAUUUCUCAAUGGAAGUACAUCACCAAGUCUAUAUACAACUUCCAUGCUAAUGACGAGGUAGAAAGAACAAACAAGCUGCUACAGUUGGGUGAUAGAUUACUGGCCAACAAGAACAGACAGGAUGCUCUUGUCAUAUACAUUGCGGCAGGUUCCCUAGACAAGAUUGCCACUGUUUGGCUAAACGAGUUCUCUACUCUUGAGAACAAGAUCAAGGAUCAAGAAAAAACUAUCUACGAAGCGCAUAUUGAAUGUUUAACCGAAUUCGUGGAAAGAUUCACCAUUCUAUCUAACUUUGUCGGAAAGAAGCAGAAGAUCACCAACGAGUCCCUAAUUUCUAAAUUUUUAGAAUUUAUCAACAUAACUUCCGCAACUGGUAACUUCGAUUUGGCUUUAUUGUUUUUGGAUAUCCUUCCAGAAGAUAACGAGUAUGUCAUUGCAGAAAAGAAGAGAGUGAUGGUUGCAUCUGGUAAGGUUGUCGAUCAAUCUCAAUCUAGAAAGGGCAAAUAUGGCUCCCAUGCGAACCUUGCCUCAGCUGGAUUUUCUGGUCACGCCAAACAACCUGUUAACUUGCCUCCAACAGCUGCACCAUUUGCUGCCCAAACAAUGGGUGGAUACGCACCACAAGCAGUUGGGGCCGUUCCAACUCCAGCGGUACCAGUUCCUCAAACACGUAAUGCAUCAGUUAGUAUAAAGUCAAACCCUUACGGUCCAGCAGGUACCAACGUAGGUACGUCUGACAACAAGUUCAAUGCUUAUGCUCCUCCAACUCAUACGCAAGUACCAGUAGCAACUCCAGUUACCUCCUCAUUCAUCCCACCAGCCAACCCAUACUCAAAUGUUGCGGCACAAUCUUUGGCUAUGGCUGCUGAACAAAACGCCAUGUCUCCUAAUCUAGCCGGCAGUGCACCACCAGUUAAGUCUCCUUCUGUCUAUUCUGGUCAAACGCCUCACUUGAAUAAGAAGGCAAAUGAUGGCUGGAAUGACCUUGCGCUACCAGUUAAGGAAAAGCCUCAGCGUGCCAAACCUGUAACUGUUGCUCCUUCUCCAAUAUUAGCCCCUGCAACAAACGGAGCUGCUGCUGCUGUCCCAACAAAGUCAAUUGGUACCGUAUUCCCACCAACUGGAGGCAACUCUAGAGUUCCAUCCAGCAUGGUAUCUCCUCCACCUCCACAAAAGAGAGCAUCUAGAACACCAUCUUUGAUUAACAUCGAUGAUGUUGUAAAUGCCCGUCCAAAGGCCCAUACCAGCAUCUAUGCUCCACAGACUACACAAGCCGGCCCAGCUCCUGUCGCCCCACAAAGUGACAUUCCAUUGGCUCCAACUGCCAACCCAUAUGCACCAAAUCAAUCUGUUGGAAGCACUCCAUUGCAAAAGCCAGUGAAUCCAUACGCGCCACCAGCCCAACAGGCUGGUAUUCCAAGCGCUGCUAACCCAUAUGCCAGCCAGAUUCCAUCCAAGGCACCAGUGAAUGCCCCACCACCAAUGAGCAGCAAGAAGGCACCAGUGGGUCCUCCACCAAUGAGCUCAAGAAAAAAGGCACACGAGGGGAAGACUCUGAGCCACGAAGCUGCCAGUGUCCUUGACUCAUCCAAACCUGUACAAACGCAACCAAUUGCAUCUGAGUUAAGCAGGGAGCCUGCUCCAGUCCCAACCAGUGCUUCGCAGACCCAAGUCCCACCUCCUGUCCAGGAGACCCCUGCCCGCAACACCAUCUCACCAAUAGACAUGGCCGCCCCAGCAGUCGAACAAGGCAUCUCCGCUGCGCAGCAACCAAUCCGCGACUUCUUCAGCAGCGAGCUGGCCCGUGUCACUCCAUUGACACCAAAGGAGUACAACAAGCAAUUGAAGGACUGUGACAAGCGUCUGAAGAUCCUGUUCACCCACCUGGAGAAGAACCUGCUGUCACAACCAACCGUGGACAAGCUACUGCACAUCAUCGAACUGCUGAAGGAGAAGAAGUACCACGAAGCCAUGGAAGUGCACAAGGACAUCGCCACCAACCACGCCGAAGAAGGCGGAAACUGGCUCACCGGUGUCAAGAGACUCAUCAGCAUCUCCGAGGCAACCGCAUAG